GGUGCGGUCACAGCUUGCGACUGGUCUUGUGGAUUACUUCAAUUCCCAAUUCAGCCAGAGACAGGGACUCAUUCAAAGGCGACCGCGGAAGCACGAACUGCCACGAGGAUACCCCUUUGACAGCUCACUGUCAACCUCACGCCACCGGCUCUCCAGAGAGAACACACACAGCACACACGUGCGGCAGCUCGGGCUUAUCGUUAAAUAAAUGGACUUUCCUGCUCGCGCUCAUUUACGUGUUUUACUCCAGAGACUGAAGUUUCGAGGCGUUUGGCCGCCGGACAGUCGGUGCCACAGAAUCUCCGCUCGGGCGACUUCAUUCCCAGUUACAUGACUGCCUUCGCGUUGACAUUUGCGAGCGAACGUUUUUACGCACCGAUAAUGACGCGGAUCAAGGUGAUACAAAAUUAAAGGUUUUAUCCUCCACCCCCCACCAUCUACCCCGUGGGGGGAAUAAGGAGGGGGACGAGGGGUAUUUUCAAACUCCACGGCGACCUGUGCCACCUUUACCACUCCCUACCGGAGUGCUCGGCGCUGAGGGUGGAAUGCGGCUCCAAGUGCUUUUGGGGGUGUUCAGCGUCUGCGCCCUAGCUUUCUCACCUGUAGCGGAGGGCUGUGGACCAGGGAGGGGAUAUGGAAAGAGGCGUCCGCCGCCGAAACUCACACCCCUCGCCCUGAAGCAGUUUAGUCCGAACGUGGCUGAGAAGACGCUGGGAGCCAGCGGCAGAUACGAAGGGAAAAUAACCCGGAAUUCCGAGCGAUUUAAAGAACUCACACCUAACUACAACCCCGACAUUAUCUUUAAAGAUGAGGAGAACACGGGGGCGGAUCGGUUGAUGACACAGCGCUGCAAGGACAAGCUGAACGCGCUGGCCAUCUCGGUCAUGAACAUGUGGCCGGGGACCAACCUGCGGGUGACGGAGGGCUGGGACGAGGACGGCCAUCACUCGGACGACUCGCUGCACUACGAGGGCCGCGCCGUGGACAUCACCACGUCCGACCGCGACCGCAACAAGUACGCCAUGCUGGCCCGCCUGGCCGUGGAGGCCGGCUUCGACUGGGUCUACUACGAGUCCAAGGGACACGUGCACUGCAGCGUCAAGUCUGAACACUCGGUGGCGGCAAAGACGGGCGGUUGUUUCCCCGGCAACUCCCUGGUGACGGUGGAGGGCGGCGUCCAGAAGCUGAUGCGCGACCUCCGACCCGGCGAGCGCGUCCUGGCCUCGUCCGGCAGCGACGGCGGCGGCGCGCUGCUCUACAGCGAGGUCGUGACCUUCCUGGACCGCCAGCCCGCCGCCCGCAAGACCUUCUACACGCUGGGCACGGCCCGCGGCGCCAACCUCACCCUCACCGCCGCCCACCUGGUGUUCGUCACCGACGCCGCCCGCUGCUCGCGCCACGCCCUCGCCGAGGCCUUCGCCAGCGACGUGCGGCCCGGGCAGUGCGUCCUCGCCACGCCCAGUCGGGGGGACGAAGAAGAGGAGGAGGAGGAGGAGGAGGAAGAGGGGAUCCCUUUGCCAGCGAGGCAGGGGGCGCUUCGGGGGCGCCUGACGCGGGUGACGUGGGUGGAGGUGCGGGAGGCGACGGGCGCGUUCGCCCCGCUCACGCGCCACGGGACGCUGGUGGUGGACGGCGUGCUGGCGUCCUGCUACGCCGCCGUGGACCAGCAGUGGCUGGCGCACUGGGCACUGGCGCCGCUGCGGGCGCUGCACAGACUGGCAGGGCCCGGCCAGGGCACGGGCACGGAGACGGGCACGGGCACGGGGACGGGCACGCACUGGUACGCCCGGCUCCUGCACAGGCUCGGCUCGGCCCUGCUGGACUCGUCUCACUUCCACCCCUGGGGCAUGGCCGCCGACGGAUGAGAGAACG